AUGACUCUACAAACAUAUUCUGUAAUGAUGAAGAGGACUUUCGCCGACUUCGUCAGCCAACCGCACAUCAAAACGCCGGCCUCAUCCAACCACAUUGAGCUCACCACCCGAGAGGCACAGCUGAGAGACUUGCUCCUCGAUGUAGCCGCAUCCAUCAAUUCCACUCACAACCCCCCCGAACCUCUCACCUUACGGUGGGCAGGGGGCUGGGUUCGGGACAAGCUGCUCGGCAUAGAGAGCCACGAUAUAGAUGUCGCCAUCAACUCGAUGACCGGCUUGACUUUCGGCGAAAAGAUGCGCGAGUAUUGCGCCACGCCGAGCCAUGCUUCCAGACAUGGGAUUCGUCCCGAUGACAUAGGGAACCUCCACAAGAUCGCCGCGAACCCGGAGAAGUCAAAGAACCUCGAGACUACGACGGUCAAGAUUCUCGACUUCGAUGUGGAUUUUGUUAACCUUCGCACAGAAUCGUACACUGACGACAGCCGCAAUCCCGUGGUGCAGUUUGGCACUGCCCAGGAAGACGCGUUCCGCCGUGAUGCCACGGUCAAUGCGCUGUUCUACAAUUUGCACACGACGCAGGUCGAAGACUUUACCGGCGGCCUGGCUGAUAUGAGAGCCAAGCUCAUUCGGACUCCCCUGGAGCCUCUGCAAACGUUCACAGAUGACCCGCUUCGUGUCUUGAGACUUGUGCGCUUUGCUAGCCGCCUUGGGUUUUCCAUUGACCCGGCAACAAGAGUGGCUAUGUCUGACGCCAAGGUGCUUCGUGCCCUGAAAGUCAAGAUUAGUCGGGAGAGGGUCGGUGUAGAGUUGGAGAAGAUGUUGAGAGGUAAUACCCCUUGCAGAGCACUAGAGCUUUUAGACGACAUGGGCCUUUAUCAGGCCAUCUAUACAGACCCGACCAGAGAUGACCUUCCCGCUCCGGAUCUCUCUCGUUGGAGAGUCGCGUACCGCCUCCUUGACACGCUUUCCCAUGACACAUCGUCAGGUUCCAUCUAUACUCUUCUCGUGCAGUCUGCGGAAGACAAAUACAAUGCAUGGGUAUUGGCUGCGCUGACUCCCUGGGCACUUACCUCAGACCCGCCCACCCCGACCGGCCCGGGAAAGACCAAAGCUCCCCUUCCCUAUGCAGCUAUUGUGGCCAGGGAGGGCACGAAGGUUCCGAAUAAGCUCUUUGACGUUAUUGUCGCAGCCCGUCGCCACUGGUGUGAGAUUCGAGACACUAAGGAAUCUAUAUGCGUUGGCCUGGAGGCCAAGAGAAACCCCCAACGGGACACCAUUGGCAUGGCUAUACGGAAAUGGGAUGCCCGCGAAAGCCACUGGAGGUUACAGGCUCUGUACACCAUUCUUGUCGAUGUCAUGAAUCGAGUGGAUGCGGUGGCCGCAAAUGAAAUUGACGGCCUACUAUCUGAGUGGCAGAUGUUCCUUGACUACUUGGAGGACGAAGACUUGAUGGAUGUCACCUCCCUGGCACGACUGGUGGAUGGAAAGAUGAUAGCCAGGGAACUACGCGUCAAGCCGGGCGAAUGGGUCGGGCGCGCUCUUGAUGUCUGCCUCUCAUGGCAGCUUCGUAAUCCUGGGUUCACCGACCCUAAGGGGGCGAUAGAGGAAACAAGGUCCAUAGACACGGUUUAA